AUGAGCGCAGCGUUCCCGCCGUCGCUGAUGAUGAUGCAGCGCCCGCUGGGGAGUAGCACCGCCUUCAGCAUAGACUCGCUGAUCGGAAGCCCGCCGCAGCCCAGCCCCGGCCAUUUCGUCUACACCGGCUACCCAAUGUUCAUGCCCUACCGGCCGGUGGUGCUGCCGCCGCCGCCGCCGCCGCCGCCCGCGCUCCCCCAGGCCGCGCUGCAGCCGGCGCUGCCGCCCGCGCACCCGCACCACCAGAUCCCCAGCCUGCCCACCGGCUUCUGCUCCAGCUUGGCCCAGGGCAUGGCGCUCACCUCCACGCUCAUGGCCACGCUGCCCGGCGGCUUCUCGGCGUCCCCCCAGCACCAGGAGGCGGCCGCCGCCCGGAAGUUCGCGCCGCAGCAGCUGCCCGGCGGCGGCGGCAACUUCGACAAGGCGGAGGCGCUGCAAGCCGACUCGGAGGACGGCAAAGGCUUCUUGGCAAAGGAGGGCUCGCUGCUGGCCUUCUCCGCGGCCGAGGCUGUGCAGGCGUCGCUCGUCGGGGCUGUCAGAGGGCAAGGGAAAGACGAGUCAAAGGUGGAAGACGACCCGAAGGGCAAGGAGGAGAGCUUCUCGCUGGAGAGCGAUCUGGACUACAGCUCGGAUGACAAUCUGACUGGCCAGGCGGCUCACAAGGAGGAGGACCCCGGCCACGCGCUGGAGGAGACCCCGCCGAGCGGCGGCGCCGCGGGCAGCACCACGUCCACGGGCAAGAACCGGCGGCGGCGGACUGCCUUCACCAGCGAGCAGCUCCUGGAGCUGGAGAAGGAGUUCCACUGCAAAAAGUACCUCUCGCUGACCGAGCGCUCGCAGAUCGCGCACGCCCUCAAACUCAGCGAGGUGCAGGUGAAAAUCUGGUUCCAGAACCGCCGGGCCAAGUGGAAACGCGUGAAGGCCGGCAAUGCCAAUUCCAAGACAGGGGAGCCCUCCAGGAAUCCCAAGAUCGUCGUCCCCAUACCCGUCCAUGUCAGCAGGUUCGCCAUCAGAAGUCAGCAUCAGCAGCUGGAGCAGGCCCGGCCCUGA